AUGGAGCGGAGGUUACAGGCUAUUGCACAUUUAAUGUAGAUUUAAAUGCAUGUUUUGCACACAUAAUGACUGUUUCCCAUUAUAUUCAACAGCCAGCUGGAUGCCAGAACAGUCGUUGCAUCGUUGAAUUGUGUUGUCACAGAAUUCGACCACAGAAUUUUACUGAAACUAUCUGGCCUCCAACAACAGGUGAGCUUAUGUAGUUAGAUCUGAGCGUCUCCGCUCAAGGAUUUGUUUACAGGGUGGAUGUCAUUAAGCCCUAUCGUUCACCAGAUGUUGCCCAUUAAAAAGUAAUGGAGUAAUGCUCUUUUUUAUUAUAUAUGACAGUCUCGUAUUAUUUAAAGGCAAGCUUUUACAUUCGGAAUUGAAAGCGUCUCGUAUUAUUUAAAGGCAAAUAAAUACAUUGAAUUUGCGCCCUGAUAUGGUGAUAUCCCAAUAACACUUUUUAAAACCGAUCAAUUCAAGUUUUUGUCGAUGUGUGCUUUGAUUUAAAGUGUUAUUCUAAUGCGUCAUGCCAAUUGUUCGCUACAGUCACCACUGAAACGUUUAUGCUUUUGAGUCAGCGUUUAGUGAAAGCUAGUUUCUAUAAAUUUCUGGGCAUUCGUAAAUGCUAAACAAAAGUUUCUCUUAAAAGGGUAACUUUAAAAAUUGUCGAUUAAUUUUGUUCUGGUCAGGGAUUUUAAUUAUAUUGACAUCACUACCGUUUUAAACUAACUUAAUUUUUGUUUCUAUAUAUACUGGGUAGCGCUAUCAGUUCUGAACUGUUCUCCCUAUAAGUCUAGUAAGGUCUGUCCUUUAUUGGUCCAAUGUUACUACAGGAACAAAUUUGAUUGGCCCUAGAAAGUUAUUCAGUAUAGUGUUUGGUUAGUGUAAUUUCACUUUCGCUAUGUUUUAUAUGGAAUUGUUAAAAUGGCUAAAAAAACGGUCGCAGAUAAUGUAUUCGAAAUUUAUACUAGAUCUGGCGCUAUCAGUUCUGAACUGUUCUCCCUAUAAGUCUAGUAAGGUCUGUCCUUUAUCGGUCCAAUGUUACUACAGGAACAAAUUUGAUUGGCCCUAGAAAGUUAUUCAGUAUAGUGUUUGGUUAGUGUAAUUUCACUUUCGCUAUGUUUUACAUGGAAUUGUUAAAAUGGCUAAAAAAACGGUGGCAGAUAAUGUAUUCGAAAUUUAUACUAGAUCUGGCGCUAUCAGUUCUGAACUGUUCUCCCCAGAAGUCUCGUAAGGUCCGUUUUUAUUGGUCGGAUGCAUGUUGCAACGCCAACAGCACGAAAUUUGGGUGCACCUAGAAAGUUAUUAUAGUGUUUGGUUAGUGUAAUUUCACUUUCGCUAUGUUUUAUAUGGAAUUGUUAAAAUAGCUAAUAAAAAAUGUGGUAGAUAAUGUAUUCGUAAUUUGUACUACAAUCCUGGUCAAAAAUCGUUGGCGCACUUAGUCGAAAUAGCAUAACCUUUACUUCAUUUCUGAUUACCAUGUAAAUACUUGCCCAUUUUAUGCAAAGUUUCAUGUCCAAACACCCCCUAUAUCCCCCUUAUCAAUGUUGUGUAACACUUUGGACGUAUAACACACUACAGACAACAUUGAACGGGGGAAAGGGAGGGUUGCAUGCUAUGCUUGUUAUUGAAGUGGGAGUCAAAUUUCGCACAGUCAGUGUCAAGUGCGCCAAUAUUUUUGACCAGGAUUGUAGAUGCUGCAGGGUAGCGCUAUAUAUCAGUUCUGAACUGUUCUCCCUGCAACGUCAACAGGACGAAAUUUGGGUGCACCUAGAAAGUUAUUAUAGUGUUUGGUUAGUGUAAUUUCACUUUCGCUAUGUUUUAUAUAGAAUUGUUAAAAUGGCUAAAAAAAUGCGGCAGAUAAUGUAUUCUAAAUUUAUACUAGAUACAUAGGAAAGAGAAGAUGUGAAACAGUGAUUGAAAUAGGCUCCAUAACUAUGAGACUUUUAGCCACAUUGGUACAUUGUAUGUCAAGCAAGUAUCAACAUGAUAUAUUAUAUGGAAGUAUUUCGUAGUUCACCCCCUAGAAGAACUGGGCUGUUAUGUAACUUCAUUAGGAAUUAUAUGAGAAGUGGAAUUUUGUAUUAAUGCUUUGAUCGUUUUGUAAUGAUGCAGCAUAACUAAACCGUAAGUCAAAAUGUUUUGAGUAGGUUUAUACUCUUUUAAUAUUGUAGUCCGCCAAAAAAGGGGUUUCCUUAAAUUAAGCAGUUUCAUCAUCGCUUAUGUUCUAACACAAUUAAAGCGAUUAAACAGUUGUUGGUAUAUGGUAUACAUUAAGACCUCGUCCAACAUCUUGGUCUAUAACAUCUUACACCGUUGUGUCUGUUUCCCAGAACAUUAUAUGUAUGAUAAUGCUGCCUGAUGGUGGUUCAAUUUUGACUUGAUUCUGAAUUUGUAUACAACAUUAAGGUCGAAUCUAUAACGACAAACAACAUUAGACUGCUUUGAAUCGUAGACCGAAAAUUUGAAUUGUGGCCAAAUUGUAGCGGCUAUGGACCAACUUUAAACGAAAGAUUUUUGCUUGUUACCAAAAUUGUUUUCGAAACUUCUUUAGAGGGGCUUCGGUAACGGUCAUCAGAGCAAGCGCCAGUUUCACCUCUGAGAUCGUGGGUUCGAUUGUAAAACUGCAAGAGUCAGUCAAGGUUCUGCCGAAAGCCGUGGGUUUUCUGCGGAUACCCCGGUCUCCUCCCAUGCACAGGGAAUGUUGACAGGGUGGGUUUGGGUUAGCCCCCUAUAACUGACCCUUCCCCCGUAGUUGUGUGCUCCGUGGUCAGACAUGAGUCAUAAGGUGGCUGCCGGAGACGACCUAGGAAAGCCUAGGUUGAGCUGCGUCCCUCCUAAUUCAGCUUAGCUCUCAGCUGCAAGUAAGGAUGAUUAACACAGUACCCCACUUACUCAAUUUCUAUCGCUUCCUCUCAAGACAGUAAAUAUAGCAAGUUCCUGUAUACAUGUUCCUUCGUGAUAAAUAUAAUUGUUUUCUGGGAAACACCAUAUAUAAGUACAGUCACAAUUAUAAUAUGGGUUCAACUCGUUUAUUUCGUUUAUUAAUUACGUAAUGCAUGAAAUGUGCAUAAAAUGUGCCAUUUCAUCAAUAUAGCAGGAUAAGAAUAGCCGUAUUAUAUACUCAAUACAUACUGUAUAUACAAUCAAGACAAUACAUUGUACUGUCGAGCUUCUUAAUACAGAUUAAGAUUUAAGACCGAGUCAAUCUGCAAGAAUUGGAAGUGUUUACCGAAUCGUGACUGCGGUUUCGCUUUUGUCCAGACACGAAAACAAAAAAGAAAAUUAAACAUAACAUGCCACAUUCCAAAACAUUUUCAUUUGUAUUGAAAUUUUCGCUCUACGAAAAAGGAUCGUGCAUUGCCGUUUAGCUCGCUAGCGCAUCUAUAGAAUAUGUUGUAUUAAAUCGAUUUCUCGAUUUCUAGAGAUUUCUUGGCCUUCGCCUGGUCUGAAAUGCAUUGAGCAAUCGUGACGUAUUAAGUAUUAAGUAUUAGCAUCUCGGGUUGACGUUUGAACUUCGCUGUUUCACGUUAGCAUAUGCUGAAUAGGAGACCCCGCGUGUGUGCUGCAUUUUUCAUUAGUAUAAGACUUGGUGUAAUUAAAUUGCGACAGUGUUCUGGCAUGCAAUGGUGCAACUCACAGCGGUUGUCAUUUGAAUGAAUAGACAUGAUUCCCGGCUUUAUCCGAUCCUAAACGAACUUUAUUUAUACUGGAUAGCUCUAAGUAAGGAUCACCUCUUGCUGAUCCAAUGUUACUACAUGCAGGAGGAAACCUAAACUAAACUAACUUUAUUUAUACUGGAUAGCUCUAUCAGUUCUAAACUAUUCUCCUUAGAGGUCCAGUAAGGGUCAUCUCUUAUUGGUCCAGUGUUACUACAGGAGGAAAUCUAAACUAAACUAACUGUAUUUAUACUGGAUAGCUCUAUCAGUUCUAAACUGUUCUUCCUAGAGGUUCAGUAAAGGCUAAUUUCCACUCAGGAAAAUUAUCCGUGGAUUGGAACGGACAAGAAAAUUUUUCUUUGUGUUAAAGUCAUUAGUUCCAACCCAAAGCUCACAAGACAAAGAAAAAUUUUCUUGUCCGUUCCAAUCCACGAAUAAUAUUCCUGAGUGGAAAUUAGCCUUAAGGAUUAUCUCUUGUUGAUCCAGUGUUACUACAGGAGGAAACCUAAACUAAACUAACUUUAUUUAUACUGGAUAGCUCUAUCAGUUCUAAACUGUUCUCCCUAGAGGUCCAGUAAGGAUCGUCUCUUAUUGAUCCAGUGUUACUACAGGAGGAAACCUAAACUAAACUAACUUUAUUUACACUAGAUAGCUCUAUCAGUUCUAAACUGUUCUCCCUAGAGGUCCAGUAAGGAUCGUCUCUUAUUGAUCCAGUGUUACUACAGGAGGAAACCUAAACUAAACUAACUUUAUUUACACUAGAUAGCUCUAUCAGUUCUAAACUGUUCUCCCUAGAGGUCCAGUAAGGAUCAUCUAUUAUUGAUCCAUGCAGUGUUACUACAGGAAGAAACCUAAACUAAACUAUCUUUAUUUGUAUCAGAUAGUUCUAUCAGUUCUAAAUCAUUCUCCCUGGAGGUCCAGUGAUUGUUAAAGGCUCAUGCAUGCAUUAACCUGCAAGUCUGACUAACCGACGAAGUCUAUAAGAGCUAAUUUAUUCCCUAGGAUAUUAAAUAAUCAAAGCACCUGCUCGUCUGCUAAACCAAUCUUAUCGCUUAUAUGCAAAUCUCGAAAUGCAACAGUAUAGGACAGUCAAACAAUAAAAACAUCCUGAAUUUACCAUUAUGGCAAGUAUUUUACAAUACGGAACUUUUCAGGAAAAACGCUUUAAAAUAGGGUAUGUACUUUAUGUAAUGUUGGCAAAAUCUCAAAUAUGUUAACUCUUAUGUCAACAGAAACGACAUUGUAGUUUUAUAUGAUAAAAAUUCUACUGCAUUUGUUUGUUUUGGAAAAUAUUCUCUGCAAUACAUACAGUACUGUUUAAAAUAUAAAAUGUUUGAUUGUACUAAACUGCCACAGGGCAUAUAGUUAUUAUAGGUAUUUUUGACAGUUUGCCAAAUGUCAUUACAUAGUUCUAGAUCAAAAUAAAUGACAAGGCAAGUUAUGACGAGAAUAUGUUUGUCAUGAUUCAGUGUUGUAAUAUUGACAGUGACAAACUUGUGUGUUAUAUACGAAAUGUCCACUAUAUGUGCUUGUUUGUAAUAAACUUAUUAGUUGCCAACUGUAGCACUAAAGUGUCUGUUUUUGUAUAUGCAUGCAUCAUGAUAUGUUGGUUUAGAAAGCUUAAACGUUUGUAUUAAUUUUUCAAAAAUAUUCGGUAAUAUAUAGUACAUCUAUUUAUGUUAAAAUAUUCAAAUAGAGCCAAUGUUUACUUCUUGUAUCAUGCUGAACUGACAGAAAAGCAAUUUAGACCUAUUCAGUUUUUGCUGCACGUAUCCGCGAUAUAAACAUGUCGGAAAAAGAUCGGCUUGAUAAUCUUAUAUUCGUAACCUCGUUCAUAGACGUCCAUAGUAAAAAUAGAUGGAUCUGUCUGGUCGAACUUGGCCAUGGGCAAAGAAAAGACAUUUCUUCUGAUAAGUGCGAAAAUCUCACAGCUUGCCAUGCAACAAGAUGUGCGGUUCGCACAUCGUGCUUGCUCCCAGUUGUUGACAAGUGUGGAACAAGUUGUUAUCAUCUUGUAACAGGGUUGACUAUAGGCUAACGGGCUUGCAACAAGUUGUUCCAUGCAAAAAGUCUGAUAUCGUGUGCAAGUAAUACGUUAGGUUGAUGGCAACAAGCUCGUAGCAACUUGUUGCAACAAGCUCGUAGCAACUUGGAACAAUUAACUUCACAUGUAACAAGUCUGUUACCGUCACCAACCUUGUAAGAAUGCAGUGGCGGCGCCAGGCCUCCAAAUUUGAGGGGGCAUUUGAGGGGCAAACUCAAAUUUGGGGGGGGGGGCAAGAUAGAAUUUUUAAAAAGGUUGCCCCCCCCCCUCCCCAAGAGAUUCGCCCCCCUCAAAACGUGGCGAUAUUCCUAGGAAUAUCGCCUCCCAGGGGGGGGGCGAAUACCCUAGGAAUAUUGCCCCUCUUUAGGACAUUCGCCCCCCAUAUAUGCGACGUGGUUUAUUCAAAUAAUUUCGUGAUACUUUCAUCUUAUUAUUGCCUUACACGUUUGAGAAUUUAACUCUGCAAAACUAAAGCUUUUUUGUCUUUUUUUGAAACGUAUUAUUGGAGUAUUGGCAAGUUUUACCAUUCAGAGAUUUACAAACUAAUAUUGAAACUGUAAAAAACAGUUUCAUGUAUACGCUCAUUCACUAAUGAGUACUGACAACUUAUAAGCCAUACAUUUUCCGAUAACGACAAAACGCUUGUGUAGCCUUUAGUCGCCCUUUUUUUUUUGAGGGGGGGGGCAAUGUAAGAAUGUGAUACUGACAACUUGUUCCAGACUUGUCACAACAACUGGGAACAAGCAGUGGGAAUACAUCCCGUGGUAUCGGCUUGUAACCUUGUUUUCUUACAACUUGUUUGCGGAUCUGUAACAACUUAUAAUUGCGUGUUUUUACGUUUGUAUAUACUCACGUUUUGUUCCCAUGCAUUGCCUGGAUAAAUCGCGCUGUAUUGUAGUUAUAUGUUUCUUGACGGGAGCAAUCAAUACAGCAGUAGGUAAGCUAACGGAAAAUUAAUGUCAAGCAUCGUUUCGACAAGCUUUGGCAGUUACCUUGGCCAUUCUACAGCAAAAGACAGAUUGUCUUUGUUCAUCUUGUACAUAUACAUAAACUAAGACGGAUCACGGAUUAUGGUCUAUCAGACAAAUAAUCUGAUGAUGUAUCUUGACGGCGAAUGACCCAUCUCCAUUUAAAGCAGGCCAAUAUUUUUACACCGCAUAAAAAAGGAACAGCAUAUACAAGAUAGCCAGGUGUACUGUAUAGUUAUCAUAUACUGGAUAACUCUAUCAGUUCUAAACUGUUCUCCCCAGAGGUCCAGUAAGGAUUAUCUCUUAUUGAUCCAGUGUUACUACAGGAGGAAACCCAAACUAGACUAACUUUAUUUAUACUGGAUAGCUCUAUCAGUUGUAAACUGUUCUCCUCUGAGGUCCAGUAAAGAUCAUCUCUUAUUGAUCCAGUGUUACUACAGGAGGACCUAAACUAAACUAACUUUAUUUAUAUACUGGAUAGUUCUAUCAGUUCUAAACUGUUCUCCUUAGAGGUCCAAUAAAGAUCAUAUUUUAUUGAUCCAGUGUUACUACAGCAGGAAACCUAAACUAAACUAACUUUAUUUAUACUGGAUAGCUCUAUCAGCUCUAAACUGUUCUUCCUAGAGGCCCAGUAAGGAUCAUCUCUUAUUGAUCCAGUGUUUCUACAGGAAGAAACCUAAAUGGUUGAGCCGCAAAUUUAAAGAACAUUACCAACUUUUUUUAUCGGAUUACUGUUCAAUUUCAGUAAUCCGUAUAUGGAAUUCCGUUAAUCCGUAUAUGGAAUUUAAUUCUUAAGUACAUAAGCUUAUGUAAGUCAGGGUUACCCAUGGCAAUGUAAACAUGGGACAUUUUUAAAUGCGUAGUUGCUGUCCGACUUCCUUACUGGCAAUUUUUCACGAACACAAUUUAUAUUAAGGAUUUUUAAAGGUAGUUCCUGGAAAGGUAUUAAUCUAUGGCAUGAAGUUCACGUGUAUUUGUACGUUCUUCGGCCACGUUGACGCAAAGGGAAGUGCGAAUUCGGAAGUGUACAAAGUGUACACAAUUCGUUGUGCUCGAAUUGUUUCAGUCCUGCAGUUAAUACGUGCGUGCCGUGCGACUGUUUGGACAAACCUUGACAAUUUGCAAUCGAGAAUUCGUUGGGUCACGCGAAUUCGUGAGGGUCGGUGAGAGUUGGUAGUCACGCAUUGUUGCAGGGAACAUUUCACACUUUUCAAGAUACUUUGAGAGAAAUGUGUAUUGUACCAGGGUGCGAUAAUUCUGGAUUUUUAGUCGUACCUGACUGGUACACCAAUCAGGACUAUUGCCUCGUACUUGUGCUAGUGUGUACUAGUUUGUAUUGCCUUGUACUUGCGCUAUAGUGUCAAUACAGCAAUACUCAAUGUGUACCUGUAGUCUUUAAAAUAAAACGCAUAAAGUACAAGAUUCUGAAAGAUAUUCAAACUACGAGUUAGAACAAGAAGCAGCAUUGCAUGUAUACUACAAGACCCCAACUUUCGUUAGUCCAAUCAGUCCAAAUAUGUCAAAUAUGUUUCUUGCCAAGUCAUGUCAGACCUGUACACAUAUACCAACUAAGGCUACGUUUUACACUGUACCCGAUGACUUUUGGUAGCGACGUAAAAACAUCUAUCCGUACCUUUUAGGAACGCUGUUUUCUUUUUUUUUUUUUUAACAGCUUUAUUGGACAUACAUAUAAAAGGUUACAUAUUAUUAUACAAACAAAGAAAAUUACAGGGUAUACGUCCAAUGGGGCUAGCGCAAACAGGACAACGAGACCCAUGCAGGGCGCCACCCCUAAACUAAACUAGUGAAAACAAACUUAUUUACUAUACAGAAUAUACAUAUAUAACUUAGGACUUAAGUACGGUGACAAGGGACUGGCAGUCUCUUAUGAGCGACCAAGUACAUGUCAUAUCUACAUUAAAAGUACUGUUCACCAAGGCGGUGUAUGUAUUGUGCAAAAAGCUUUUAAAAAUAUUUACAUUGGCAAACUUUUCAGGAGAGGCUAUUUUACAUAUAUAGUUCCAAGGCUUUACUAUUCUAUUAAAAAACGAUGCCUGAAAGGUGGAUGUUUUACAGCAGGAGUGUUUUAACAUUAGGGCUGGAUUUUGUGCGCGAGAUCGAUUGUGCUCUACGAAGGUUAAAAGUUGAUUAAUGUUUAAAUCGGUAUGACCAAAAAUACAUUUAUAAACCAACACAAGAUCUCUGAUUCCUCGAUCAUAAGUUAGUGGCAAUAGGUUUAGAGAUUUCAGCCUGUCUUCAUAUGACAGCUCUCCAACUUUAGUUCUUAGAAUCCAUCGAGUUGCCCGUCUCUGUACUCGUUCUAAGAGAAUCUGCAACUUUGCGUUUGAAGGUGACCAAACCUCAGUUGCGUAGCACAGCUGCGACUUUACCAAGGCUAGAUAAAGUGUUCGUCUAACUUUGGUGUCUGUGAUGAGAGGACAUGUUCUCUUCAGGAGACCGAGCAUCCUGUUAGCUUUGCUGACGAUUGAGGAGAUGUGAGCGUCCCAAGAUAGCUUGCUAUUGACGAUAACUCCUAGGUCGUUUUCCUGUUGAACACGUUGUAAAAUAGCAUUGUCCAGGUGGUACUCCGUAAGAGAAAAUAAUAAUUUCUCUUUCAGAGGAAUUAUUGCAACGGAGAGAUGUUGUUUCGUUCAGCUUCUGAAAGUUGUACCUUCCGUGUCGGAUAGAUGUUUUUUCGAACAGCCACGGGAGGCUAUCCGUGGCAUAGCGCAAUCGUCGCGUUAUAGUUACGGCAAUUGAUACCUUGGACUAGGAAAGGUCAAAAAUGGUAUCAGAAAAACGUACCCCCUCUCAGAGAGUUGAAAUCCAAUUAUGGACUGUAAUCAAGUUUUGUGACUGCCAACCCUUAUGCUUCCUCGUUUGUGUCGCUUUUGUCUGAUUAGCUUUUCCUUCUAUUUUUUACUGGGUGGUUUGUAUCACAGCUUCCUUACGCUUGCUUUUGGGUGCUGAUUUAUAGGUUAAUUAUGAAAGCCGGAAUUAAAAAGGGAAGCAAAGUAUUUAGCGUUGUGUUUGAUUUCAUGUGCAUUUGUUGGGGUAGUUAUUAAUAUACAGGGUGAGUAAAAAAGGACUGAUAUCUUCGCGGCUAAUUUGAAUAACAAAGGUGUCACUUUUUUACUCACCCUGUAUAUAAAUAUUAGAAAGACUUAAACUUUUCAGUGCCUAAAACACUAGCCAAAGUAAUUAGUGAAAUGUAAAGUUCUAGAGGUCACUGUGGAUAGUUUAUCUGGUGUAUCAAGUUUCUUUCUAAUACAGUGGCAUUUUUUAAUUGCAGAUUCUUGAAAUUUGGCGUUUGGUCGUAGGAUACUGGGAGUUCGAAGAUGCUGUGUUUACUGGUCUCUGCACUGCUGGCGCUGAGCAGCUAUACAGGUAUGAAAACGUUUAAGAAGAAGGUCCGGUGUAUAGGUAGUAUUCUGCAAUAAAUUGUCGUCGUCGUUUUGUGACUGAACUUGUCCGAACGUCCAGCAUAGAUAGUCUGUCGUGGUUUCCUUAGUUGAUCUAGUUGAAAAAGAUAUCUCAAACGUGGUGGUCCAGUGUAGGUAGUAUUCUGCAAUAAAUUGCCGUGGUUUGUGUCUGAACUACCUGAAGAACAUAUCUGAAACGUGGUGGUCCAGUGUAGGUAGUAUUCUGCAAUAAGCUGUCGUGGUUGGUGUCUGAACUACCUGAAGACUAGAUAUCUCAAAGGUACUUUGUUGGCUGUCUUGGGGGUCCAGCGUAUGUAGUCUGUUGUGGUUUGUGUCUGAACUACCUGAAAAAGAUAUCUCAAACGUGGUGGUCCAAUGUAGAUAGUAUUCUACAAUAAACUGGCGUGGUUUGUGUCUGAACUACCUGAAAAAGAUGUCUGAUGAAGACAGCUUUCGUUCGAAUCGUCGGCUGUUUUUAAUCUUUUCAUUGAUGUUCCGACACAAACAGGAAACUCGUAUAAGUUUAUAUAUAAGGUUAUAUUGCUCUGACUGUUUUGCCCGUGCAUGUUUACAUGUCGCCGGUUUCAUAAAUCCAUGUAAAAUAUGCAGUAGGUGUAUUGAAAGUACAAUGCGCAUUUCCUGUAGUCUCAUUAGCGCAAUAGGUAAAGCACGCAUGCAUGCCUAGUUCUUUUGUGGUAGAUCUUUGCUUGUUCAAACAUAGUAGAAAUUGAUCAUCACCUAGCUCAUAUAACCUAGACCUAGCUCAUAUAUAAACGGUAUAGCAUUAACUUUGCAUGUGCCAGACUGAACCUACUUUAUUUUACUCGACAACUCUUUCACUUUCGUUUCAAAACCUAGAGGUUCACUGAGGGUCAGUACGUCUCGCCUGUCGCAUGUUUUUACUGAACUGGCUGAAAAAAUUCAAAACAAUCGCGGGAGGUUUCAAAACAAACCACUUACAACGGCUACCUACGUUGCAGUAUAAUAGUCUAACAUGAUACGCAUCAUAUAGAUCAAAGCGAGGAUCAAAGAAAGGGGUUGAAUAGCAACCGACUUUGGACGCCUGAUUAGAUUAGAAACACGAAAUAAAAUUUAUAUAUAUAUAUGUACUAAAACUGUCUGUACCAGUGUGGGUAGUACCAAUGUGAAAAUGCUGUGCUGAGUGGUUAUAUUACUACCUUAAAAAACAAGCAGAAACUCGACGUUUCGAGCGAAGGCCAUUCGUCAAGAGUUAGCCUUCGCUCGAAACGCUUCGCAACUCGACGUUUCGAGCGAAGGCCCUUCGUCAAGAGUUAGUGCGAAGCGUACGAAGGGCCUUCGCUCGAAACGUCGAGUUUCUGCUUUAAGGUAGUAAGGGGAGUCGGAAAAAAUUCCGAAGGGGUUAAAAUGUUUGGACCCACAUAUUUCGCGCUUUUAAAUUUAUUUGUAAACGAUAACGAGACAGCUGCGAUAACUUCCCGAGAAGAAACUUCCCGAGAAGAAACUUCCCAACGUUGAAAUUCUGCUUGUAUUUCGCAAUCUGCAAUUAGGGUCACGCGCGGUGCGAAAAUAGUGUAUUCCGUUCUCAAACACUGAGCCUAUUAAUGUACUAAAUUCAUUACUGUACUACAAGUUCCUCGUCUUAAUAAGUCCCUUAUAGGAUUGUAGCCCGCACUUUUAAUACAAAUAAUUGUUUCGUUUUGUUAUAAAAAUAAUUGUUUCGUUUUGUGAAUUAUGAGAGUGCACAACGUUGAAGAGAAUCAUUUAAAUAUACUUGAGCUUCCACUUGUGUUUAAUUUCCCGAGGAAACUACUAAUUAUCAUUUUUUAAAGUGUCGCUUAAAACGACGAAACACUAACUUCAAAUCCUCUUUAAAGUAUACGUAACGUCUACACGCUGCGACUAUUUUCAAUUCGUAUUUUGGCGAAUAUGUAAUUGAAUAGCACCGCGUAUUACAAUCAGUGGUUGUGUUUCAAAUUUCGCCCACUGAUGUCGCCAAAUGAAGGGGUAAAGACCUAUCUAAGCGGUUGUGUUUCAAAUUUCGCCCACUGAUGAAGCCAAAUGAAGGGGUAAAGACCUAUCUAAAAUGUUCAUGUUUUGUGAUUGGCUUUCAGAAACAAAUCAGAAACAAAAAUGAUCAUUGUUCGUGACUCGUUCUUUAGCAAGACAUAUAGGCAGCGUUUACACUGUACCGUUUUCGUAGCGUUCUCGUCUUGUUCGAGAGAACUAGACUAUUGUCUUGCGUUCCCUUGAGGAUUAAGAACAAUACGAGAACGCUACGAAAACGGUACAGUGUAAACGCUGCCAUAGUCUAUAGAAUACAAAAGAACAGUAACUCCGAAUAACAUUUUGAAUCUACGUUUCGACUAGAUUGUAGUCAUCUUCAGGAUCCUGAAUCCUGAAGAUGACUACAAUUUAGUCGAAACGUAGAUUCAAUAAAUCAAAACAAAAUGUUAUUCGGAGUUACUGUUCUUUUGUAUUUUAUAAAAAUAAUGAGUGCAUGGUUCCCGUAAUUAUAGUCUAUAGUUUUAUUGUCUUUCAUUUCAACCACGAGCCUGGAUAGUACAGGUAGAAGAUGACCCAAAUGAAGAUGAAUCAUGGCAGUACUUUUCAUACGCCAGAAUUUUUUUUAUUUAUUUGAAUUUUUUCCGCCCAUUUAAUGGAUUUAUAGACACGUCUGGGCAUGCUUGGUAUUAUCUAGCUCGUAUUACUUAGUGACCGACAGUAUCUUUGUCUUAAAUGGUCACAAGAACCGCGACCAAAUAGAAAAUCUUAUGCUAUAGUAAUUCACAAGGACAUAAAAUCAGGAACCAUAGUCAGUGAAGCAUUUUAUCUUCUUGUUUUCGUGGGAAGAUAAAAAUAAAGCCGCUUAAAUCUCUAUAUUUUUUCAUGACAAUACGUGUUUAAGUAAUUAUACUAAAAAUCAAAUUGGUACCCCAUUGUGAACAUUGUCAAAUUUACGCACGACUGACUGACGUCAUCGUUUAGGACUGGAAUUUGCCUGUUAGGUUCAGACAUCAUUUCGACCAGUUCCUAGCCAUGUUUCCCAAAGCUGGGUAAACCAGGAAACAUUGUUUCCUUGGCCACGUUUCCGGCCCAAAGCUGGGCAAAUCAGGAAACAUUGUUUUCUAGCCAUGUUUCUAAAGGUGAACAAACCAGGAACAAUGUUUCCUAGCUAUGUUUCCUGAAGGUAUGCACAAACCAAGCGACAUUGUUUCGUAACCAUGUUUCCCGCAGUGCAAAGUCACUUGAAAAGAUUAAAUUAAGAGACACGUCUAGGCAUGCAUGGUAUUAAUUAGCGAAAUAAUCUAUUGUGUGGUCAGUGGGUCAAUUGAAUCAGCCACAUAUACGAGUUUAAUUUAAUCCAUAGGAAUUUUGCAUAUAUAAAUUUUAAGUUUUGAAGGAUUUAUAUGAAAAGUUUGAGGGAAUAGACCUUUCCCCUUAUGACUAAAAUUUUGAUCUAGACAAGUCUAGACAAAAAUUUCAUUACAGUUCGAAAGAGGAUCACAAAAUUAGUAAUAUUCCGAAGUUUCGUUGCGAAAUGGUGUAAAAUGCGGAUAAUAUAGCCCUGCGAAAUUUGCAAUUUUCAGUCAUUUUGUAUUACAAACGGGAAAUUGAUGCCCCAACACCCGAUUGGGCUGUCAAUUUCCCAUGCGUAAUACAAAAUGACUGAAAAACGGCAAAUUUCGCAACGCUAUAUUACCCGCAUUUUACAACAUUUCGCAACGAAACUUUGGAAUAUUACUAAUUUUGUGAUGCUCUUUCAAGCUGUGAUAAAAUUUUUGUCCAGACUUAUCUAGAUCAACAUUUUAGUUAUAAGGGGAAAGGUCCAUUGACUCGGUGUUAAACACUAAGUCAGUCCCUUCAAACAUUUCUUACAGAUCCUUCAAAACUUUGAUGGUGUAAACCAAACUUUAGAACUGAAAGAGCUAUCAGUAUAAAUAAAGGAGUUUAUAGAUUUUCUCUCUGGAUUUUCCACAUCAAAUUUCAACGCAUCUCUUUAUUUAUUCCUAGCUGCGUUACCCGCGGAGCCAUUCAUCAUCUAUUCUAA